AUGGCUGGUCUCACGUCUCCCAAAAAGUCUCAGGUUGACCCAUCAUCACCUAAGGGCGUGAAAGAAACGCCACAGAAUGAGAGUGGUCUAUUGCCGCCACAGCACUGGGGUCAAUUGAGCGAGGAUAUCGAUGACCAAGAUGAUGCUGACUCUACCAUACCCGACAAUGCAAGCUCAACCGCAUCUCUGACAUCAAGUAUACUGAAAUACAGGACACUGCACGGCAGAGUAUACCAGAGUGAGCGGGGCAACACUGAUUACUGGGGUCCCAUCGAUGAGGCUGGACAGGAAGUCAUGGAUAUCAAUCAUCAUAUACUUACCCUCUUGAUGGGGAACAAGCUAUAUUUAGCACUACUCUCGAAGGAUAUACAGGCAGCUGUAGAUAUCGGAACAGGAACGGGUAUAUGGGCUGUCGAAUUCGCAGACAAAUUCCCCAAUGCCUCAGUAAUCGGAACCGACCUUGCCCCCAUCCAGCCAAGCUGGGUUCCCGCAAACCUUCACCAAAUCGAUGACUGCACUCAAGAGUGGACCAUCCCUCCUAAUUCGCUAGAUUACGUCCACAUGCGUUGGCUCGUCGGCAGUAUCGCAGACUGGACAGCCCUAUUCAAGGAAGCAUACAAGAGCCUCAAGCCCGGCGGCUGGGUCGAAACCUACGAGCCUUCUGCAACUGUCGAGAGCGAUGACAAUAGUGUUUUACCCGGAAGUGCGAUGAACCAGUGGCAAAAGUUCUUCGUUGAGGGCGGAUGCAAAAUGGGUCGUCCGUUCACAGUGUUCCAGGAUGAACUACAGAAGAAGGGUAUGCAAGAAGCUGGAUUUGUUGAUAUUGAAGAGAUAAACUUCAAGAACCCAGUUGGAGGCUGGCCAAAGGACCCCGAAGCACAGAGCAUCGGGCAGUGUACGCAGGCUACGCUUGAGCAGGAUGGAAAAGGAACGGUGUUGCACAUGGCGACUGCGCUGGGCUGGUCGGAAGAGGAAGUCACUGUAUUCAUCUCUCAUUUACGUCGGGAGAUUCGAUCACCAAAGAUACAUGCGUUCUUUAGGCAGAAGGCAGUCUGGGGACGAAAGUCUGAGACUGCAUGA